AUGCCGCUCGAUCGCAGUCCCGGCCCGAGCGGUGUGGUCGCGACAGCGCCCAGCGCGGCGGCGCCGGAUUUGUCAUCGUUAAGAAGACAGCGCGGGACAAUAAAAGGGUCGUGCACGCGCAUAGAAACCUUUGUGAAUAGCGUAAACCGCGUAAGUAGCGACAUCCGGGCGCAGCUGGACGAGAGGCGCGCGCGUCUGGAUGCGUUAUACGUAGAGUAUUGCAAGGUACAAUCACAAUUGGAGGCGCUAGAUGAGAGCGAAGUAGAGGACAGGAUCGCGUUCGAGGACGUAAUAUAUUCACUAUGCGCGAAGUUACGGCAGUUACUGCAGGCGGAUGAGUACCGAUCGAACACGCGAGCUUCCACGCCGGGAUCGAAGCGUGUCGAGAGUGAGUCCGCGGCGCACGUGCGAUUACCUAAAUUAAAUCUCCCAACGUUUUCGGGAAAAUAUGAGGAAUGGUUUCCUUUUCGAGAUACCUUUACAUCGGUGAUACACAAUAACAAAUCUCUGAGCGACAUACAGAGAUUUCAAUAUUUACGGGCGUCGCUGACGGACAAAGCUCUCGACAUCGUAAAAACGUUAGAAAUAUCGGACAGCAACUAUGACCUUGCGUGGAAUAUAUUAAGAGACCGUUACGAUAACAAACGGCUAAUCGUACAAACUCAUAUAAAAGCGAUAUUCGAACUGCCGGCAGUUGUCUAG